UCGUUAUUUCGCCACAGGUAAUAUAGCAAUGGUUGAUAGCCACUUAGAAAUAUGGGGAAAUGUAAAUUCAGUUACAAAUGGCUUGAAAAAGAAGAGUAUUCUUGGUUAAGGUCGGUGCCUGGAAAUAUUUAUGAAGCGAACUGCAUUAUGUGUCGGAAGACUUUCAAACUUGGGACAAUGGGGCUCAGAGCGGUGGAAUCGCACGUACAGAGCAAAAAACACAGAGACUAUGUAAAGACACGCCAGCAGCCCGCCAUUGCUAGCUUCUGUUCCAACAUUUCCACUGCUAGCAACGAUGUUAACGCUACAACGCAGGAUGUUAUGAUGGGAAAUCCACAGCCAACAAUGCCAGCUGACCUCCGCGCAAUUUGUGGCUCUACGCCAACACUCGGAGCAGAGGUGAUUUGGGUGCUGAUGACUGUUACAAGCCACAAUUCAUACAGGUCUAAUGACGGGGUUGAAGAAGUGUUCAAAGCAAUGUUUCCAGAUUCCGGGCUUGUACAGUCAUUUACCUGUGGAAAAGACAAGACCAGAUACGUGGCUAAAUUUGGAUUGGCGCCAUAUAUAAAAAAAGAGCUCAUCACCGAAGUUCAAAAAUGUGGUGCGUUUGUAAUUAUGUUCGACGAGACACCAGACAACCAAAAGCAAACAAAUGGACUUGCAUGUGCGUUAUUGGUUAAAUGACCACGUCCAGUCCAGUCAAGGUUCUAUGGAGCACAGUUCAUGGGCCAUGCAACUGCCCAGGACCUACUUCAGCAUUUCAAAAGAGGACUUCUAUAUAGACUCAUCAGGAUCUGACAUUGAAGAAGUAACCCUGGCUUCUCCGGUCAGGAGUAAUAGUCCAAUCCUUGACAGAGAGCUACCAGCAAUUUUACAGGAGCUUCGUGAGGACAACCUGGACUUCUAUUCCCACAUAACUGUUAUAGCAAGACGCAAAAACAUUUUAAAGAGUGCAUGUGUGGCCCUGUCAAGAGGGUACUUUGAGUGGCACAAAACUCCCAAUAUUGAGUUUGUGGGAGAAAUGGCUAAGGACUAUGGAGGUCCAAGGAGAGAAUUUUUCAGACUCCUCAUGAUUGAGCUCCAAAGCAAUCUUGGAAUUUUUGAGGGCAAACCUGGACAGCUUCUAUUCAGCUAUGAUCAAAAAGCUCUAGCUGAAAAUAAAUUCUAUACAGCAGGAAGACUAAUGGCCUGGUCCAUACUUCACAAUGGACCAGGCAUGAAGUCCAUUAACAAGGAGCUUUUUAUGAUCAUGUGUGGCCAGAAACCAGAUCUCACCACAUUUGAUCUUAAUAACUUUCUGGAAAAUGACCUCGCAGAAAAGCUGGCAAAGGUUGUUAGGUGCAGCACUACAGAGGAGCUGAUGGAGCUUAAAAACUCCCUGGGGGACUGGAUUUGCGACUGUGGGGUACCCAAUAUUUUCACAUGAGUGAUCUGCCCACAAUUUAUGGGCAGUUAGUGACCCACUUCAUCUACCACAGAGUGGCAAGUAUUAUCCAGCAGUUCACUUCUGGGCUGAACUCCUGUGGCCGGUUGUGGGAGGUAGUGCUUAAUAAUUGGAAGCGUUCCUCCCUUGUUUACCAACACAAGAUGUGCCCUAACAAGAAAUGAAGUCAGAGACCUCUUCGACAUUGUCUGGAGUUCACCAGGGAGCAACAGGCGAGACCUUGAGGAGGAGACUAUCUUCCUGUGGGAAUGCUGGCUAAUGUCGAUUCAAGAAGAAGAUGUGGGCAUAUGCUUUGAGGAUGUCCUAGUGUUUGUAACUGCAGCAGAUUCUGUCCCUCCACUGGGGUUUCAGCAAAAGUGCAAAGUGGAGUUUUAUGACCAAGAGGAGCCAACCAGAAGAAUUCCGUAUGCUUCAACCUGUGCCCUGACACUCUGCCUACCAAGAGGUGUGUCAGAAGAAGAGGAUUUCAAGGAAUUAAUGUUCCUUGCAAUAAAAGGAUCUCUUGGCUUUGGGAAGAUGGUCCUUGAACAACAAUUUCAUCUGCUGGCCCAGCUGUUCUGCCAAAGAUUUCUUGCAUCGCUGUGGUUCUUUGUCCUUGUUGUCCCAGGCAGCCUCGGACAAAAAUCUGUAUUGUUGGAUGAAUGCAGUCAAGUCCCUGUUAAUCCGUGUGACUCGCCUCAAUCCGGGUGGCGGAGGACGAAUCUCAGUUGCUUCCGUGUCUGAGAUCAUCAGUCGACGAAGUCAAAAGAAAAGGAAAAGAGGAAUCAAAUCAAGACGGAUUUGUAAAAUGGAAUGUCUCACUCACCCACGAGAGGGACUUUGAUAUGCUGAAGACAUGCUGAAGGUGCUCAAAUGGUUGUUUAGCUUUCUCUUUCUCUUUGACAUGGUUUUCUGUAGCCCUUUUUACACUCAUUGCUAUUUGCACACUACUAAAUAUUGAUAUAAAUGUUCAGCCUCACUCCACACGUUCAGUGUUUACACUACUAUCAAAUAUUCCAUACACAUGUAUAAAAGUAAUGCUAUGACACGUCAUACAUACAUUUUAGUAUCGGUUUGUGAUUCUAAAUUAUUCUAGUGAGCUGGUAAUCUGUUUCACACACAAAUAUAGUAAUUGCAAGAUGUUCCCCAAACUGUUUCCACUGAUAGCACAUUAUUAUCACUGUCUGUAGCUUAAACCAUGAAUAUAAUUUUAUUACAACAGUCAAGCUAUGUGUGUGUUCUUCACAUGCUUGUACAGAUUUCUUUCAAGUAUUGAUAAGACUAAAAAUUUCUGACAAUCCUAAAAGAUUAAUAUUUCCAUAUCAACCCUAAACACCUUACAACUUUCAGUGUCCUGAAUUGCACAAAUCUGCUAAGUGUCUCAGUUUAAAAUGUAUCCAAUCAAAGGGAGGGGGGGGGAAUCCUCCUGUUCCUCCACACUCGU